GUAUUUGUUUUCUAUGGCGAAAACUAUCACACAUGGUCAUAAAAAGUGGGGUCAUGCUUAUUGCAGUUUUGACUGUAGUUUUAUUGGACGUCAUUUGAGAGUAAAAGGAACUUUACUCUACUGCUAAUAAAAAUGAGUCUUCUGCAUUUACCAUGUGAACUGUUGAUCCAUAUAUUCGAAUACACAAGUGGGGGAGAUAAAGUGAAUCUGAAUAUAACAUGUCGGAGAUUUAACGAAAUUCUGAAGGACAAAAAAAUGACAAGGUAAAGUGUUGUGCGUUAAUGGCAGUUUAACGCAGUAGGAAGAUAGACUUUGCAGGAUGUUAUACUGCCAACAUCUCUCAUAUAAUGUGUUACCUGAAGCCAAAGAUAGUUAAUGAAAAUAUCAAAGAACUUGACCUAACAAGCUGCUAUUGGCUGAAGUCUGUAGAUAUUCAAAAAUGUGCAUUGAAGCUGCCAAACCUUGAAGCUUUCCAUGUAGCAGACACAUCUCUAACAACGGGUGAUCUCAUGAAGGUUUUGUGUUCAUGUUGUAAGAUAAAGCAACUUUCUUGGUCAUGGAAUCCUGUAUUUCCUGUCAGACGUUCAUCACUUCCAAGUAUAAGUUCAAUUUCAUCUCCGAGUUCCUUGGAGUUCCUGUUUUUGUAUAUAAAAACUGGACUCAUCAGUGAUCGUGAUCGGUCUGAAAUUGGCGCCUGGCUUUCAAUGUGCAUUGAUCUCAGGGAAUUAUGGAUUAUUUUGCCUGAACAAGAGAGUGAUAGCAUUUCUCACAGUUGGUACUCUUACAGUUUGGAAUUACAAUUUAGAUAUCUGCAUACACUAGUAGUGUCGUCAUUCAAUUAUCCUAGCACAAGAGGUUACCUUACGGGACUCUACUCUGUGAUCAUGGAAGGCUGCAGAUCUUGUCCCAAGAAUUGGCAAUGCUUCUGGACUUCAGGUGAAUUUCCAUCAAGAUGGCCAUGUAUAACAGACGGUUUUAAUGAUAAAACAGCAACACUCAUGCUGUCAUGGAAAGAUGCAAGAAGUAUUCUUGAUAACUGUUAUGAACUCCAGCAUCUCUCCUUAAUUACUUCAGAUUUGGAUGUCACGGAAUAUUUUUAUCAGAAGGACUAUGAAUCGCUGAAAAAGUUGUGUUGGAAGUCAAGAAGAAUUCCAGUGGAUUGGAAUUUAUUGUGGAAUUCCAGUAGGAACUUGGAGGAGCUGAAUAUAGCAACUUGUGUCAAGAAAGUAGAGAAAAUGCACAGGAAGGACAACCUCCGUAAAUUGGCAUUGCCUUCAUGUAUUAUUUUAGAUGGAUGCUCACAGAGCAACCAGCAGACAUCAAGAUCGAACAGUGCAAUGGAAGUAAUUAUUGAGACAUGCCCUGACAUUGAGGAAUUCGAGUUAUUGCCGUGUCUUCAUUGCUCAUCUCACGUUUGUCAGCAGCCUCGCGUAUGGCAGGAAUCAUCAUUUGUGUUAUUUGCAAAAUGGCAGAACCUCCGUCGGUUCAAAUUGGAGAAACUGGAUUUCAUUCGGUCAGGAAGUUUCUUUACACAGAUUUUUAAGUCAUGUGAGAAACUGGAAAGUAUUUCACUGAAGAAUCUGGGUCUCUCUGGACAUUGUAACUACUUAUAUGAACUCUGCAGAGCUCUGAAAUUUUGCAAGAAUUUAAGAGAUUUUAGAAUUGAGCAGGCCGCUAUUUCAUCAGCAGAUAGACUGUUCAGGGCAUUACAAACUUGUCCUCUGAUACAAAGAGUUUGUGUAAUUAGCAUCAACAGGAGUAACCUAUCAUCAGAAUCAUUGUUGGCAGAGUUUGUGUCAGGUGCACCAAAACUUGUCUUCCUGUAUGUAUUCCUGGAUACAUUGACUGAGGCAGAAUGCAGGCGAAUUAAAAAUGAAAUCUUUGGAAGGAUUACGAAGAACGUGAAUCCUGCCUUACAUGUGACAGUACUAGGUGAGACGUCGCCACAUGGAAUACAUCACGAUAUUACAAAGGUUCCAGGAAUCCACUACUUUCAGAUGGUGAAAGAUGUGUCACGCAUUGGUACACAAGUUGGUAAUGGAAAUUGGUACCUAUCCAGUGACUAGAAAACAGGUGUCUGAUGCUGUUGCAUUUCAUUGUCUAAUUAAAGUGAAUAUGGUUGUGUCCCACACAUGAAGCACGUACUAAUGUGGAUUUGAGUCUUGUAUAGAAAUGUAUCUUGUAAGAAUGAUAUUCUGUGGUGUCUCAACUGAGAAAUACAUGUAUGCAGUUUUGCAUCCAGAAUAAAAUUUUAAGAAUUA